ACUCUCCUCAUGGCGCUCCUUCCAGCACCGGCGAAAGACCAGGCCUAUGUUGACGUCUCGGCCUUGCGAGCAGGUCUCGUCGAGAUUCCUCGUGAAUGGGCUAUAGACACCGCGCAGCCCGGCGAGAGGAUCAAACUCCCAGCUCUCGCAUUCCUCUUGCGGCACUCGAAGAACGAAGACACGUUUAUUUUCGACCUGGGUCUACGACGAGACUGGCAGAACAUUAGCCCUGGCGUGGUCGAGCGUAUGAAACACGUGCAGUUCGAUAUCGAUGUCCCACAAGACGUCGUCGACUCUCUUGCAGCGGGCAACUUGCCCACAGAUGACAUCAAACACGUCUGUAUCUCACACCUUCACCUCGACCAUACCGGCAAUCCCGCGCUGUUCAAGAAGUCCACCUUCGUUGUCGGCGCCGGGUCCAAGGAGGUGCUCGACAACGGGUACCCCAAGAACCCCGACUCAAUGGUCUCUUCCGACCUGCUGCCCUUAGACCGCACGCGCUUCCUCGACCUUUCGGGAAGCCCACCGCUGGGACCUUUCGAGCACGCGCACGACUUCUACGGCGACGGAAGUCUGUACAUCGUCGAUGCCGGGCCAUGGCAUGUCCAAGGGCACGUCAACCUCCUUGCGCGGACGUCGCCCGACGGCGGAUGGAUCUACCUCGCCGGAGACAGCGCACACGAUAGGAAGCUGCUCUACGGUGAGGCCAAGAUCCCACGGCACCAUCUGUUUGGGUGCGCACACCUCAACCCCGAGAAAGCAGCGGAGCACAUUGCGAGGAUUCGGCAGCUGAUGGAGAAUGAUUCGAGGGUGCAGGUGAUCCUUGCGCAUGACGGGCCGUGGUAUGCUGAGAACAACCACAAAGACGUAUGGUUUCCCAGCGGCAAGCUACCUGCGUUGUAAUAUUUAGCAUGUGGACAUGGAUUUAAAAGAAAUUUUUUGCGUCUUCUAGUUGCUGAAUUAGCGAUGUAUUACAGUUUUUGACAAUGUCGCAAGGAGCACCUCGAAUGGUUCGAGAGCGUGCUUGCAGGCGGACAUUUCUGUUCAAUUUUACGCGUUAGUAACAGCCGCGCAACUCCCCAAGCGCCCAAUGUGCGCUCUCUGGGCGCCAAGGCGAGAUUUCUGGAGUCCGGCUAGCGAAAUUGUUGCGCUUGCGAGACUUUUCUCUUGCGACAGCUCAGGUGCUCAACUUCUUGUCACGCUCUUCGUCCCACUACUCACGUAUCUCGAUCACUGUGGUCAUUUUCCCUGCAAAAACUUUGGACGCAUCCGAGCUCGCCAUGUCUGGAAUUCGCCUCCCUUCUGGGCUCGUUGACCUUGUUCUUGCUCGAACGAGCACUUCGGCAGGCCGCGCGAAGGCCUUUUCUGGUUCGCUCUGGCAGGCUACAGCACGGAGACAAGCGCACUCAGCCGUAGUUCUAAGGCCCCGGAUAUUGUCGCCGGAGUACGAACAAGAUAAGCAGUCCUUGUAUGCGACAAGGACUAGCCGCAAAAUGAAGGAAAAGAGAAGAGCGGUAGCUUCGCUUGGUGACCCGCAGCCGAGGGCGGUGUCAACAUUAGAAGAACGCGUGAACGCUUUGAAGAAUACGAUGGUGUCUGAGGAGGAUCUUGAGACUCACGAAUUCUACGACGAAGAGCAGCUACUGGCAGUGUAUGAGGAUCUACUCGCCCUGCCCAAGGAAGGAGCACCUGACACUCAGACAACACCCAUAGUCAAGCAACCUGAGGAAGAUUCUCUUCCUAUCGUCAAUAAAAUUGCCGAGCGAUUGCUACCCGACAUAUCUGAGCCAUCCACCUCGACUGUCGCGCCGCAGCCUGUACGCCAUGCUCUGAUAAAACACCUCGAACACAUGCAGACAGAUCUGGAAGCAGUCGAAGCUGCUAUGAAGAAAUCAGAGCCUGUCGUUCCUAGCGAUGAACCUCGAGAGUUUCUAUCCUCUACACCUGUCGUUCUUGUCACACAAAAGGAGUGGAUAGCCCUAGUCGCUCACUGUGUCCGGGAACAUGAUACUGAGGCAGCGGAACGUGUGCUAGCUCUCAUGAAACGGUCAAGAUGUGACACCCCUGAAGAAAGCUUCAAUAUCGUGUUGGCCGUCUAUGCCGAAGCAGGCGAUAUCGAAAGGGCUGAUCAAUUUGUCUCCAAGUUUCUAAGCACCUUACCAACCGAGCUACAGCGAGACCUUCACAUCCAAGCACAUCUCAAAGCAGUCCCACAAGCUGCUUUCCCUAGAAAUGCUCUCCGAGCUCUUCAUGACUAUGAAGGCCGCGCCUUAGCACCAUCCCAAAAAACGUACUCGCGCUUGAUCACGCGCCUUCUGUCAGCCGGCUCCUCUGUUGCACACGCACACGCAUGGGAUCUCUUCUCGCACAUGCGCUAUGUUGCGCACCCUAAGCCAGAUGCCCUCAUGUACACAACCAUGAUCCGUGCCUGUGCGUCGCCCUCAAUCUCGUCGGAUGGUGAACCCGAACGCGCGCUGGACCUCUUCAUUGAGAUGACAAUUGACAACGACAUCCCGCCGACGGCGGGCGCGUAUACUGCAACAAUCCUGGCAUGUGCACGUUCGGGGCGUGCAAAGUACGUGCACGAGGGGCUGCGGCUCGCGAAGGAGAUGAUGGACGCCCAUCGGGACGCCUAUGGUCAUUCACAGUUUAUGCCAGGUCGAAGCUUUUUCAGUGCACUCCUCGAAGGCGCUAAGCGCAUCGGUGACCUCCCGCGCGUGCGGUGGAUCCUCGCAGAGAUGGUCAGGGAGAGCCUACUACCCGACGCCGCGCCCGGCGACCCACAGGUCGAUCCGCACAGGGCGAUACGAGAGGAGGCGAUGCUACACAUCUUCCAUACGUACGCAGCCUACAGGACGCCGUACAUCCGCUCGCUUGCUCCAAAGGCUCCUGAGGUGCUACAGAAAGCCAGGCCACAAGAUGCAUCGCCGAUAUCGGACGUGGAGGAAGAAAUCAGCGAGGUCGUCGCUGAACCCGAAAAAGCAUUCUCCCGCCUGCCGCCGCAGAGCCAUGCUGAGGUCAUUCACGAGGCCAAAAUGCUCUUCAGCCAGCUGCUCGACGAUAGCCGGCGCGCGGAGGGAGUCUUCGCCCACGUGCAACUCACCCCACGAUUACUGAAUGCGUAUCUGUCCGUGCACUACAGGCACUCGCCAAUUGAGACCUGGCGCGAGCUCUUCCAGACAGUCCAUACCGAUGUGGGCGUCUCGCGCAAUGCGUAUUCGUACGUCGAGGUUCUCGAGCGCUGCGCGAUUGCGAGUAAGGCCGAGCGGCCGACGGCGCUGCGAUUCGCAGAGGGGGUUUUCCCCGAAUGGUGCGCUCUUGAAGACGCAUGGCGUGCAGCGGGCCCGCUGGAGGUCGUGGCAAAUGCUAGACUGAUCGAAAGGGCGCAUGCUGCGAUGAUUAGGGUGCUUGCUCUCACGAAUAAUGUCCAGCGCGCAGUAGAAGCCAUAAAGGCCUUCGUCGCGGCGUACCCUCCCACAGUCGUGUGCGAGCCUGCGCCACGCCCCGAGUUUCGGAGCACGCGCACGAACCUCCUCGGCGCACGACCGCUCGUGCGUAUGUUCAAUGUUGCGGAUAUCCCCGAUGACAGCGUGCCGCCGCUGCUGUCGUUCACGGAGCUCGAGUUGCUACAUCAUCGGCUUGUUGUCGCGGGCCGCGCGACAGACAUCCGGUACCUCAAGUGGGUAUGCAAGGAGUACGAGGGCUCGCUUCGCCGCCGCCGUGAACGAGCGCUCCAGGCUACAAUGCACCCGGUAUACAAGCCACAGCCCCUGACUUCGUAGGGCACUUGGUUCAAUGUGGGUUUGAUCUAGGCUCUGUGUGGGCUGUUCUGUCUGAUAGAAUAAUGUAGAUGCGCUGCUUUAGAUACUACUCAUUAUACCGCAUUGCUAAUCGAGGUUCCGUUCACCGUUUGUCAAGCUUCAAAUGCUAUGUCCAUCUGGUAACAGUUCUCAGCAUGGGUUACUAUGCCUCUCUCAUCUCGCGAGAAGUUUGCGCUGCAAGACCUGCAUCCGCCCCAAGCCCUGCGGAAACUGGUGAGCUACACCUGAUCGUGACACCUCGCAGUGGCGCUUAGACCGUCAGGUACGAGGCCUCUUCGGGUCCUUCGAUAUUCGUCAGCGGCCGCAAACGAUUAUGUCGCGCUCUCGCGUUCCCUAGUUCCAUGCCAAGGUGCUUCUGGCGCAUGACACAAAUGUAGUGGGUC